GCGGAUCCCCUCAGGUUUACAGGAAAUAUGAGAAUCAGGAAGUAAAAAGUUUUUGAGACUCGUCUGACAAAAAAUGAAUACUAUAAUGUUUAAAGUUUAACUCGUUCAAAGACCGGAUACACCCAGUGUUCAAAGAAAACCAGCUGUGAAAGCGUGCGAACGCUGCCUACGAAGUUUACGGACCACCUGAGGAGGCCAUGAAUCGAGUCCCCUUGCAGCAGCAGCAAAGCUGUGGGCCCUGGGAGCUGAAGGAGCGACUGGGCACCGGAGGCUUUGGGAAUGUCACAAGAUGGCAAAAUAAGGACACAGAGGAGCAGAUUGCUAUAAAGCAGUGCCGUCAGGAACUGAGCGAGAGAAACAAAGAGAGAUGGUGUCUGGAGAUCCAGAUCAUGAAGAGGUUGGAUCAUGUCAACGUCGUUGCAGCCAGAGAGGUUCCUGAGGAAAUGAAGAAACUGGCGGCCACCAAUGACCUGCCUCUGCUGGCAAUGGAAUACUGUCAGGGAGGGGAUCUGAGAAAGUAUCUGAACCUCCUGGAGAACUGCUGCGGAAUGAGGGAGGGCUCCGUUUUGAUCCUGUUAUCUGACAUUUCUUCUGCUCUAACCUACCUCCAUAAGAAGAGGAUCAUCCACAGAGAUCUGAAACCAGAAAACAUUGUGCUGCAGCAGGGAGAGAAGAGACUGAUCCACAAGAUUAUAGAUCUUGGCUAUGCCAAAGAGCUUGACCAGAGCAGCCUUUGCACAUCAUUUGUGGGAACACUUCAGUACUUAGCUCCAGAGCUCAUUGAGAGACAGAGAUACACAGUCACUGUCGACUACUGGAGCUUCGGGACUUUGGUGUUUGAGUGUAUCACAGGAUUUCGCCCUUUCUUACCAACCUGGCAGCCUGUUCCUUGGCACAACAAACUCAGGCUGAAGCAGAAUGAUGACAUUGUUGUCUAUGAGGACCUCUCAGGUGAAGUACGCUUCUCUAAACAUCUGCCUCAGCCCAACAACCUCAACAGUCUCUUAUUGGAGAAACUGGAGAGGUGGCUGCAGCUGAUGUUGAAGUGGUCUCCUCAGGAGAGAGGCAAAGACCCCGAGGCUACACCCAGUGACUGCUUCUCCCAGCUGCAAGUCAUACUGCAGCUUAAGCUGGUUCAUGUCUUGAACAUGAUGUCUGCUAAGAUCCUGACAUACUCGGUGUCGGACGAUGAGACUGUGGCAGACCUGCAGCUGAGGAUAGAAAAAGACACCGGCAUCCCUGCGGCCACUCAGGAGCUGCUGCUGGAGGCGGGGUUGGCCUUAGAGCCUCAUGGACUGGCCACACAGUGCGCUGUAGAUUACAGGGAGAUAGAUGGGCGACGGACAGACUUGCCUCUGGUCUUCCUGUUUGAUCGCUCCUCUUGCAAUUAUGAACCGCAGUUUGCUCCUCGCACACUUCCAGAAAACAUCCGCUUUGUCCAAACCGACCCUAAGUACGUUCUGGCUUACAGCCCUUUGAGGAGGACUUGCGGUCAGGCGUGGCACACCAUCCGCUCCCUGAAGGAAGACUGGCAAAGGCUGCAGCAGGGGCAGAAAGCUGCCAUCAUGAGCCUGCUGAGACACAACUCGUCACUGUCCAAACAGAAGAACGAGAUGGUGUCCAUGCACCAGAGACUCACAGCCAAGCUGGACUUCUUCACCACCAGCCUUCACAUAGACAUGGACAAAUACCAGGAGCAGACAGCCACCGGGAUCGCAUCAGAGAAACUCCUGUGCGUGUGGAGGGAGAUGGAGCAGACUGCUGCGAGUUGUGGUCAGGCCAAGGUGAGUGAACUGGAGGAGGAGAUGAUGCAGCUGCAACCAGACAUAGUGGAUGUGCAGAGGCAGCCGUGGAGGAGCGGAGAGGCCCUGGACACGCUUGAAGGAAAGGCCAUGGAUUUAUUCCGCAAGCUCAGAGAGAAACCCAGAGACCAGAGGUGUUCAGGGGACAGUCAGGAGGUGGUGCGUCUGGUGGUUCAGGCUGUGCAGUUCUAUGAGAAGAAGCUCCGAGAUUUUUACACACACCUCAGUAAGACAGCAGCGUGCCGCCAGCGCGUGAUGGAGCUGCUGCCGAAGGUGGAGGGCGUGGUCCAGAGGAUGGCUGAGAGCGAACAAGUCCUGAUGAGUCUGCAGGAGAAACGACAGAGGGAGCUGUGGAACCUGCUCAAAGUGGCCUGUAGUAAAGUUCGUAGCCCAGUGAGUGGGAGUCCUGAUGGACUAAGAACCCCCUCUUCAGUGCCACCUCUGCUGACCCCCAGACACAGCUUGCACCAUUUUGAUGAAUCUCUUGUGGAAGAGAGCAGGACGUUUGAGAGUCGGCUUCAGAGUUUGCUGCAUGAAACCAUCCAGGAAUCAGAGAGCAGCAUGGAGAUGUUGAGUGAGUGGACGUGGCUGAAUGGACGCCAGAAUUUCUCGAGCGACCUCUCUUAAAUUGUGUUUCAUUCUGUGCUUACACGUGGUACUCUACUGCCUCCGUGUGGAUGGGAUGUCAAACUACGUGAGGUUCGUUUAACAAUGUGAAUGGAGCAGUAGCUGCUUGUACAUAUUUGCUUAAUAAGAUUAAGGAUGUCUGGUUGAAAAUGAAUGCCAUUCUGUACUGCACUGAAGCAGGUCUAUCCCUGAUUAGGUUUGAUGGGAAUUUAUUAAAAUGAGAUAUUUAUUUUCCAAUUUGUUUUUUUUUUGUUUUGACUUAACAUUGAAUAUGUUUUGGGGGAUGAAAUUGCACUUCACUAUGCACACGUCAACCAUUCAGUUGAUACCAUGGCUCAUAUUGAGAAAAUCCCAGUCAGAACAAACCCACACACGUUCGUACGUUCCUACAGUCCUGCAGGUCUCAGUGACAUUUAAACAGCUGACACAUAUUAAGAGCAAGUUACAUCCUCACGUGUUGAAAUUUCCUGUGUUUAAAUAACAUUUUACCAAAAUUGAGAGGGAAAUCCGUUCUUAUGCGUUUCUCACUGGACCAUUAUUUUCUGUUUUAAGGGUGAUGUUUUUAACUGUGAAAGGACUAUUAUAUGUAUGUGCUGAAUGACUGUAUGAAUGUGAUUUUGUUUUUAUAAUAUAUUGAUACACAGUAACAGGAAGAGAUGCACAAUAUGGUGCAGUCCAGUAUUCCUGCCAUACUUAGUAAGUAUAAAUAAUCACGUCUUACUGUUGAGUUCCUGUUACUAGAAUAUUAGCAUCGGUGUCACAGCAGCUGGGUAUGACAUUGUUUGAGGCCAUACACAACUCAAAACAACACAACAAUAUCCCAUUACUCUCCUGUCUUGGUCCAAUAUGGUGACAAAACCAGAUGAUUUAUGAUCUAAACUUUUAAACAUUUCACUGUUUUACUAAAACAAAGGCAAAGAAACUCAUGGAUCAUAGCAAAACUGUGAAAACGGGUACAAAACUGACCAAAUGAACAUUUUAAUACCCGUAAUCAAAUGUAUCUCCAUUAUAUUUGAAUCUGGAUGUGACUGAUACAGCAAUUUGAUAUUGAACAUGUUCCUACAGAGCUGCACCUGCUGCCGCCAUCUUAGUCCCUACUGUUGGAGGCUGUCUUUACUGUAUAUAGAACAUACAAAAUGAUAGCAAGGCAGAUCUUACAUGUUGUCUGUGAUAACAUGUCUGUUUGUGUACAUACUCUCAGGAUUGUAAUAAUGUCAACAGAACUGAAUGAUGUAUCUUAAAUACAGUAUUUCACUGUACCAAAAUAAUAAAAAAAAAUCCAUCCA